AAUAAGUGCUUCUCCGUCGCUACUAAAAUUUACUUCCGGUUUCAUCGUCCUCUGAAAUUCACAACAAUGGGGAGUGUUUUGGCUGCCAGCUCCCCCAGCCCACAGCCACCAGCCUCUGGUGGUGUGGCUGCACCUGGUUUGAAAGUACCACCAGGUUUUGGGAUGCCUUCAGUGUCUCCAGUAUCACCCUCAACUGGCGUGACUUCAGUGCAGCCACAGGAAGUGGAAAGUCCUUUGCCUAAUCCUGGUACAUUUGAUGAAUGUCACCGCAAGUGCAAAGAGGUGUUCCCUAUGCAAAUGGACGGUGUCCGGCUCGUAGUCAAUAAGGGACUUAGCAACCACUUCCAGGUGAAUCACACAGUGCUGCUUAGCACUUUGGGCGAUUCCAGCUACAGGUUCGGUGCCACAUACGUCGGAGUGAAGCAGACGGGUCCGGCAGAGUUUUUUCCAGUCAUGGUGGGAGACAUGGACAACAUCGGCAGCGUCAACGCUCAGGUCAUCCAUCAGAUCACCAGCAGAAUACGAUCCAAAGUGGCCUUCCAGACACAGCAACAUAAGUUUGUCAACUGGCAAGGUGAUGCAGAGUUCAAGGGGAAAGAUUUUACUGCAACUAUUACACUCGGAAACCCUGAUGUCCUUGUUGGCUCUGGAAUAGUCAUAACACAUUACCUCCAGUCCAUCACGCCUGCCCUGGCUCUGGGAGGGGAGUUGGUGUACCACCGCAGGCCGUCAGAAGAGGGCGCUGUGUUGUCUUUAGUGGGCAGGUACACAGGCACCAACUACAUCGCCACGCUGACGCUCGGCUCGGCGGGGGCUCACGCCUCCUACUACCACAAAGCCAACGAACAGUUGCAGCUCGGUGUGGAGUUUGAGGCAAGUGGCCGCAUGCAAGAUACUAGUGUCUCAUUUGGAUACCAGCUAGAUGUGCCCAAAGCCAAUUUACAGUUUAAAGGUUCGGUAGACACCAACUGGGUUGUCGGUGCGACUCUGGAAAAGAAGUUGCUCCCGCUGCCUCUCUCUCUGGUUCUCUGCUCCUUCCUCAACCACAACAAAAACAAGUUCCAGUGCGGUUUUGGCGUUACGAUUGGUUAAACUGAUGGGAUCGGGCGCAUGCUUAGUGACCUCACAGGAUGGACGGACGUUUGGCUUGUCAUCAUUGCCACCAUUUUUAUGUUUGCCUAUGUACAGUAAAUGUCACAUAUUCCAUCCUGAAUGUGUAUGAUCAUUACAUCAACACAUUUAUACAUUAUAUAAAUACAUUUUUUAAAUCUCUUUCAAAGGGAA